AGUCCCGUCGCCACCAUGCCUGGUCACGUCGUCAAGAGCACCGGGCCCGACCCAGAUCCCUCCGAAUUUCUCUUUGUUUCGACGGAACAGAGGAUGCUGGACCAGACCAAGCCGUACGACCCGAAAAAAUCUUGCUGGGUUCCUGACGAUAAGGAAGGCUUCCUCGAAGGCAUGAUCCAAGCCACAAAGAGCGAUACAGUGCUGUCCAUUCAGCUGAAGAGCGGAGAGGUUAAGGAUUAUAAGAAGGAUGUUGUGAGCCAAGUCAACCCUCCGAAGUAUGAGAAAUGCGAGGAUAUGUCUAAUUUGACCUUCCUUAAUGACGCUUCUGUCCUGUACAACUUGAAGACCCGUUACCAGGCCAGGCUCAUCUACACCUACUCCGGCCUCUUCUGCAUUGCCGUCAACCCCUACAAGCGCUUCCCCAUCUACACCAACCGCACCGUCAAGAUCUACCAGGGCAAGAGGCGUAAUGAGGUGCCUCCCCAUCUCUUCGCCAUCUCUGACGGCGCCUACAUGGACAUGUUGCAGACUUCGGUCAACCAGUCGAUGCUGAUUACCGGCGAAUCUGGCGCCGGCAAAACCGAGAACACGAAGAAGGUGCUGUCCUACUUCGCCAACGUCGGCGCCUCGACGAGGAAGAAGGAAGAUGCUCAUAAACCGAACCUGGAGGACCAGAUCGUGCAGACCAACCCUCCGUUGGAGGCUUACGGCAACGCCAAGACCACCCGCAACGACAAUUCCUCUCGCUUCGGCAAGUUCAUCCGCAUCCACUUCGCCCCCAACGGCAAGCUGUCCGGCGGCGACAUCGAGGUGUACCUGCUGGAGAAGGCUCGCGUCAUCUCCCAGUCGCCGGCUGAGCGAGGCUACCACAUCUUCUACCAAAUGAUGUCUGAUCAAAUAGAUUAUAUGAAGAAGUUGUGCAGUCUCAGCGAUGACAUCUACGACUAUCACUACGUGUCUCAAGGCAAGGUCAUUGUGCCUUCCAUCGACGAUAAAGAAGAUAUGGAAUUCACACAUAAUGCUUUCACCAUUUUGAAUUUCACAAAUGAUGAGCGUGACAACUGCUACAAGAUCACAGCCACGGUCAUGCACAUGGGCAACAUGAAGUUCAAGCAGAGAGGUCGCGAGGAGCAGGCUGAGCCCGACGGCACUGAGGCUGGGGAUCUUAUAGGUCCACUCCUUGGAACGUCCAGUGAAGAGCUGUACAAAAACCUGUGCAAGCCCAAGAUUAAGGUCGGUGCUGAGUUCGUAACACAAGGAAGAAAUGUCGCUCAAGUGUCCUACUCUGUUGGUGCUCUUGCAAAGGCCCUGUUCGACCGCCUCUUCAAGUGGAUCGUUAAGAAGUGUAACGAGACCCUCGAGACCGGAAUGAAGCGUGCCAUGUUUAUUGGUGUGCUCGAUAUUGCCGGCUUCGAGAUCUUCGACUUCAACGGCUUCGAACAGAUCUGUAUCAACUUCUGUAACGAGAAGUUGCAGCAGUUCUUCAACCACCACAUGUUCGUGCUUGAGCAAGAGGAGUACAAGGCCGAGGGCAUUGACUGGGUCUUUGUCGACUUCGGUAUGGAUCUGCAGGCUUGCAUUGAGCUCUUCGAAAAGCACUCUCAACUACCUCCAUCCUCACUUUAUCCGUACUGUAUUGUCUCAAUACAAAAUUUUGAGACCUUUAUAUAUACAAAGUAUUCCACGUGUACUCAGAGACUGCUUUCUGUUUCCGCCUUGUCCUGCUAUUUCUCGCACCUUUUUGCUCUUUGUCUUAACAGUUUCCAUCGGACUUACAUAGACAGUGACCACCAUUGGCUUUCACAUCACACCACAAGCAGAGAAAACCUUCACAAAGCUGGUCUCGACAAAGAACUGUACCGAUGUGGAAAGACAAAGGUAUUUUUCCGCGCAGGCGUCUUGGGCACGCUGGAAGAGAAGCGUGAUGAGAGGCUGGGAAAGAUCAUCACUUGGAUGCAGUCAUGGAUCCGUGGACUGAUUGGACGCAAAGAAUAUGGCCGUCUUCAGGAACAACGUGUAUCCCUUGUAGUUCUGCAGCGGAACAUUCGCAAGUAUAUGGCCAUGAGCAACUGGUCUUGGUUUAUCUUCUGGCAGAAGGUGAAGCCCCUCAUCAACCAGCCCAGACUGGAAGACGAGAUCAACAAGCUCAAGGACAGGGCUGAGAAGGCUGUUGCAGACUUGGAUCGCGAGUCUACUCGCCGCAAGGAACUUGAAAAUUCUAAUGCAUCUCUUACCGAAGAAUUGAAUAACCUAAAAACAACUCUUGAGUCUACGAAAGGAAAUGUCGCGCAGUAUAUCGAAGCACAAGCUAAGUUAUCAUCAGAAAAGGCCGACCUUGAAGCUCAACUAAAUGAUGCUUCAGCUAAGCUUCGGCAAGAGGAGGAAUCUCGCACUCAAAUGUUUCAGUCAAAGAAAAAGGCAGAGCAAGCUGUUGGUGCCAUGAGGAGGGAGUUGGAAGACUUUGAGCUAAAUGUCCAGAAGAGUGAUCAAGACAAAGCCACCAAAGACCACCAGAUACGCAACCUCAAUGACGAGAUAGCUCAUCAGGAUGAGAUUAUUAAUAAAGUUAGCAAGGAAAAGAAACUCCUGCAGGAGAUGAAUCAAAAAACUUCUGAGGAGCUUCAGUCUGUUGAAGAGAAGGCCAGUCAUCUCAAUAAAGUUAAAGCCAAACUGGAACAAACGCUUGACGAACUAGAGAGCUCUGUCGAACGCGAGAAGAAGUUGCGAGGUGAGGUUGAGAAAUCAAAGAGGAAGGUGGAGGGUGAUCUGAAAUUGACACAGGAAACCGUUGCUGACAUCGAGCGUCGACAGAAGGAUCUCGAGCAUACUAUUCACCGAAAAGACAAAGAAAUUUCAUCCCUUGCUAAUAAGCUCGAGGAGGAACAGGGGGUAGUCUCGAGGGUGCAGAAGACUAUCAAAGAGGCACAAGCUCGUAUUGAAGAAUUGGAAACUGAAGCUGAGCAUGAACGCCAGGCUCGGUCCAAAGUCGAGAAAGCCAAGAAUAACAUGCACCGCGAACUUACUGAUCUUAAUGAGCGCCUGGACGAGGCUGGUGGAGCAACUGGGGCUCAGAUUGAACUCAACAAAAAGCGAGAGGCGGAACUGAAUAAGCUCCGCCGUGAAUAUGAGGAAGCCGAUAUCCAUCAUGAAACCGCAGUCGCCAAUCUUCGCAAGAGGCACAACGACGCUGUUGCUGAGAUGACUGAUCAGAUUGACCACCUUAAUAAAAUGAAAGCCAAGACAGAAAAAGAGAAGGAACUUAUGAAAUACCAAGCUGAAGAAGCUAAAGCUGCGAUGGACAACUUGGCUCGUGACAAGGCGAUUGCUGAGAAGGCUAACAAGGGCAUCCAACAGCAGAUCAACGACGUAACUGCCAGGUUGGAUGAGGCGACUCGAACUCUCAACGACUUCGAUGCCCAGAAAAAGAAACUUGCUGUGGAGAACGGCGACCUCCUUCGUCAACUGGAAGAAGCAGACAAUCAGAUUAAUCAGCUGAAUAAUCUGAAAACUUCUCUUACCACUCAGCUUGAUGACACCAAAAAGAUAGUAGAAGAUGAAUCUAAGGAUCGUAGUGUCCUUCUUGGCAAGUUCCGCAACCUGGAGCAUGAUCUGGAUGGUCUUCGUGAGCAGCUUGAAGAAGAGAUUGAAGCCAAGGCUGAUGCCAACCGCCAGCUUUCCAAGGCCAAUGCUGAAGCUCAUAUGUGGCGCUCAAAAUAUGAAACGGAAGGCAUUGCCCGUGCUGAAGAGAUUGAGGCUGCCCGCCUGAAGCUUGCCGCUCGCCUCGAGGAAGCCGAAGUGCAAAUUGAACAACUUAAUGUUAAGAACAUGCAGCUGGAGAAGGCCAAGGGACGCAUUCUCUCCGAAAUGGAUGAGAUGCAGCUGCAGGUAGACCGUGCCCAAGGUCUGGCUAAUGCUGCUGAAAAGAGACAAAAGACCUUCGACAGGGUUGUUAGUGAAUGGAAGAUCAAGGUUGACCAACUGGCCACUGAGCUUGAUGCUUCCCAGAAGGAAUGUCGCCAGUACUCCACUGAGCACUUCCGCAUUAAGGCCAUGUAUGAGGAAAAUCUGGAACACCUAGAUACCGUACGUCGUGAGAACAAGGGUCUCGCUGAGGAGAUCAAGGACCUGAUGGAGCAGAUCAGUGAGGGUGGCCGCUCUCUUCAUGAGAUUGAAAAGAGCGCCAAGCGUUUCGAGAUCGAGAAGGAGGAGCUCCAGGCUGCUCUUGAGGAGGCCGAAGCUGCCCUUGAACAGGAAGAGAACAAGGUUCUUCGUGGUCAGCUGGAGCUGAGCCAAGUCAGGCAAGAGAUUGAUAAGCGCAUUCAGGAGAAGGAGGAAGAGUUUGAUGCUACUCGUAAAUGUCACCAGCGUGCAAUUGAGUCCAUGCAAGCUUCACUUGAAGCUGAGGCCAAGAGUAAGGCUGAAGCUCUUCGCAUGACUAAAAAGCUCGAGUCGGAUAUCAGUGAACUGGAAAUUGCUCUCGAUUUGGCUAACAAGGCUAAUAGCGAUAUUCAAAAGCAAAUAAAGAAAGCACAGAUUGAUGUGCGGGAUAUGCAAGCAAGGAUGGAGGAAGAGCAGCGUCUUGCGUCUGAAUAUCGUGAGCAAUGCAGCGCCUCAGAGCGUAAAGCAAAUGCAGUCAACAGUGAAUUGGAAGAAUCACGCACGCUUUUGGAACAAUCGGAUCGCGGCCGACGUCAGGCUGAGGCUGAUCUUGCUGAUGCCUCUGAAACUAUGAGUCACCUUACAGCCCAGCAUGGAUCUCUCACAAUGGCGAAGAGGAAGCUGGAAGGAGAGCUGCAAACCCAACAUGCGGAACUCAAUGAUAUGCUAAAUGAAGCCAAACACUCCGAGGACAAGGCCAAGAAGGCCAUGGUUGAUGCUGCUCGUCUGGCUGACGAACUCCGUGCUGAGCAAGAACAUGCCCAAACCCAGGAGAAGAUGCGCAAGGGCCUGGAAUUAUCUGUUAAGGAGCUUCAGACACGUCUGGAAGAGUUCGAGGCAACCGCUCAUAAGACUGGCAGAAAAGCCAUCAGUAAGCUGGAAGCUCGCAUCCGCGACCUAGAAACUCAAUUGGACGACGAGGCUCGCCGUCACGCCGACGCCCAGAAGAACCUAAGGAAGUGCGAGAGGCGCAUCAAGGAGCUCAGUUUCCAGUCUGAAGAGGACAAGAAGAACCACGAGAGGAUGCAAGACCUGGUGGACAAGCUCCAGCAGAAGAUCAAGACCUACAAGCGCCAGAUCGAGGAGGCCGAGGAGAUCGCCGCCCUCAACCUGGCCAAGUAUCGGAAAGCUCAGCAAGAGCUCGAAACAGUUGAGAGGCACUGAGUGCUUUAUGAUUUCUGACAUUUACACUUGAAGGCUGUUUACAGUGAGCAUUAAAAUAUUGUUUAGUCUAUAAACAUAUUGAAAGCCUGUAACUGUAGAGUGUAAAACAUUCAGAAAGAAAUAAAAAUACAAAACAUGC